AUGCUAUCCAAAUGUCUUACCCUCUCUCAUCCAAAUGUUUUUCUCACCCAAGUUGCAACUUCAAAAAAUCCAAGGCCUUCUCACUCUCUCAUACUCCAGUUCCAUGCUCGAAACCACUCCUUGGCUAAUCAUGUCCCUAUGAGAUGCUCCAAUUCUUCUGUCCCUUUCACUUCAACAAAUUUUGAGAUGGAGCCUGAUCCCACACUUAGCAAUGAAGAUCUCAAGCCAACUGCACCUACCCAACGAACCUUUUCAGGGUUGGAAAUGGCUAGCCUCUGGGUAGGACUCGUUGUGGGAGUCCCUUCCUACUACCUAGCUGGUAGCCUUGUUGACCUUGGAAUGGCUUGGUGGCAAGGCAUAGCCACAGUGGUUGCAGCCAACAUGAUCCUUUUAGUUCCCCUUAUACUAACUGGUCAUCCAGGUACCCGUUAUGGCAUAUCAUUCCCUGUUCUUGCUAGAUCAUCUUUUGGAAUCCAUGGUGCUCAUAUUCCCACUCUCCUAAGGGCCUUGAUUGGUUGUGGUUGGUAUGGGAUUGAAUCAUGGAUUGGUGGUGAAGCAAUUUUCCUUCUUUUGCCAAAAUCAAUUAAAGAAAGUACAUUGUCUCAAUCUCUACCUUGGCUUGGCACUUCCCCACUUGAACUUGUUUGCUUUAUGGCCUUUUGGGUGGCACAAUUGUCCAUUGUGUGGAAAGGAAUUGAUGGCAUUCGAGAGCUUGAAAAGUACUCAGCUCCAAUACUCAUUUUCCUCACUUCCUGCCUCUUGAUUUGGUCUUAUGUCAAAGCUGGCGGCUUUGGUCACAUGCUAUCCUUGUCCUCUAGGCUUUCCACUUCGGAAUUUUGGUCUCUAUUUUCCCCUUCUCUAACUGCUAAUAUUAGUUUUUGGGCUACUCUAGCUCUUAACAUACCUGAUUUUACACGAUAUGCCAAGAGCCAGAAUGACCAAAUCAUUGGUCAAGCUGGUCUUCCCAUAUUUAUGGGAGCAUUCACAUUUGUUGGCAUAGCAGUUACCUCAUCUACAAAAGUGAUAUUUGGUGAAGUUAUUUCAAACCCAAUUCAGUUACUUGGUCAAAUUGGUGGCUUUGCAACUACUAUCCUUGCAAUCCUUGGUAUAAGCCUAGCAACCAUCACGACCAAUAUUGCUGCUAAUGUUGUAGCACCUGCAAACGCUCUUGUCAAUCUCUGCCCAACAUGGUUCACCUUUAGAAGAGGUGCUCUUUUAACGGCACUGAUUGGAAUUGCAUUCCAACCUUGGAGGCUUCUCAAGUCAAGUGAGAGCUUUGUUUAUACGUGGCUAGUUGGAUAUUCUGCAUUGAUGGGUCCUAUUGGUGGAGUUCUUCUAGUGGAUUACUAUCUUGUGCAAAAAACAAACUUGACCAUAACAGAUUUAUAUACACGGAGUCCUUAUGGGGCUUACUAUUAUUCAAGGGGGUUUAAUGUGAAAGCAAUUGUGGCUCUAGUUGCUGGAAUAUUACCAGUAAUCCCCGGUUUCCUUCAGAAAGUUGGAAUUGUAACAUCAGUUCCUGAAAUUUUUGUUGUCAUCUACAACAAUGCUUGGUUUAUUAGCUUCUUUUCUGCAGGAUUCUUAUAUUGGGUUAUGUCAGGUUUGAGAAGGAAAGCAGGUUAA